CGCUCUUCCAGCACUCUGCUAGUCCGAGUUCUGCUAAUGGCCGCUCUCGUGGCUCUCCUUCUGUCUCUCCAAUAUAGCUUUUUAUUCCAGUGCCGGGUAGGUCCUUGUUUUGCUUUCACCUUAGCAAUUCUCUACAAAGACCAGUUUUUCUCUUCCCGCGCUCCCACCAGAUCAUGCCCCAUCUUAUCUAGGGAGUCCACGUCGCUCUUGCGCCCAUUGUCGGCAAACACAACUGGCUUUGAGGCUGCAUACUCGAGGCGAAGAGGCACGUGGGCGACGGCUCCACUAUAGUAUCAACCAUAUUCAUGGCAUUCUCCAACAUAAUGCGGCUCCCCAGAAUCCAGGUUGCCGGCUUCUGCUAUGCAGGCAACUUCCGACACCAACAUCCAAGACCCACUUAUAUCUGUACCUACUACCAGGCUUACCAUCACCAAAAGUGAGACUCCGAUUAGCCGGGCGCACGGUGCUGGUGAAGGAGUUUGGUGAGGCGAGCCGCUAGUCCCAAUUCUUCUAAGCGUGAUCAAAUAUGCACGCAGAACCCUCCACUCAUCCCCGCUGAUACAGUUCCCCCCGCUCGGCCCGUACACCUAUGUACACGACAUGGGUGAUUCGCACUGUAAACAACCCUAUCGUGCACAGAGGUGUAUG